CCAUCGUCUCUCUGUCUUCUAUAAGAAAAAAGUCACUUCCCUGUGACCACGUUCGCUGCAGCAGAACCUUCCCAAAGACAACAGGACGUCUUCAGAGCAGACAUACUCCAUCAAAGUAGGGUGUUACAGCUGUAGCAGAUCCUGCUGGCAACAGAGAUGGCUGGUCUGUGCUGGAUGGCGCUGGUCCUCGCCUUCUUCCUGUCUGCUGGAAAGAGUUCGGCUGCUGUAGACCAGAACUGGCUCGCAAGUAUUAUAGAAGGCAUCAAGAAUCAGUACGCACUCGGUGACACCUUCAGUCUGGCUGUGAACGUCCCACAGAACCAAGACCCGAGUAAUCUUCAGGAAGUCUUCAAGGACGACCCAGCAGACCAAGUGAAGCAAACUGUUUCUGGGGGUCAGGUGUACCAGGGCUCCCGGGUGGUGGCAGCAGCGCAAUCAGGGGCGUUGUUAAAUGUUCUAGAAAAGAUACAAUCCUUCAUUAAAAGCAGUGAGGGUAACGUCCUCGUCAUCUACUCUGAGGAGUCCCCGUGCGGUCCAACGUGUACAAAUGAGGACGGUAUUGCUGGCAAGAUUAACGAUGUCACUCAGAACUGGAGUGGUUUCGCGUUUGCGUUCUCUAAAGUAGCCGAUGUUUCCGACGCGUCUCAACAGGCUGAAUCCUUUAAACAACUUGAGAUUUCCAAACUCGGCCUUGACAACAUAUUCCGUUGUUAUAAUCCCGGAGAUUCUUUUCAGUGCACCAGCUGCUCCUCGGGCGGAGACGUUACGCCCUCGUGUGUUGCAAACAAUGCCCCGGCAAAUCCAGAACAGGGCGCUAGCGAAGGAACCGGUGCAGACGUAGGCGGGGAAACGGGUGGAAACGUAGGCGAAGAAAUAGCCGCAGGCAAAGCUGGAGGAACACAAGGUCGUGAAGGAGGACUGAGCAAGUGCAAAGGACGGGGUAAAAGAGGCUGCAAGCGUAGAGGAAGAAAAGGUGGCAAGGUUAGAAAAGGGCGGAAGCGAGGAAGAGGGCGCAAGGGUAAAAAACAGGGGAAACGUCGAGGAGGGCGCAAAGGCAGAAAACACGGUAAGCGUCGGGGAGGGCGCAAAGGCAGAAAACACGGUAAGCGUCGGGGAGGACGCAAAGGCAAAAAAUGGGGUAAAAGUAAAAAACGUAGAGGCGGGCGUCGAAGGGGACUGCAGGUAGAAUAACUCCUGAGCUGAAGUCCAGUGAGCUUCACUGGACUUCUGGAGCUGAUACUGAUAAGACCAAAACUAACAGCCAUAAGAGCUCCACUGUGAUCCCAAAACUAUUAAACUGCUGCACUGGGUUACAUGUUCCUGCAUUACCUUUAAUACUCACACGGUAGUUUAUUUCACUCAGUCCCACAUUCACCGUCAGGACACCAGGGUUGGUACCACAGUCGGGGUAGGGAAGUCUUUUCAUGGGAUUCGUUAACAAUAACAAAAAUAUAGAAUAAAACCGGACUUUGAAUAAUUUUUUUUGAAAAUUUAACACAUUAAUUUCGAUUUAUACAAAAAAAUGAAAAUUAAUCAUCUGUUUUGGUGUAUUUGGAAAAAUAUAUCAAUUUAUUGACUCACUAAUGUGCCACAAUGAUGUUUUUGUGUUCAAAUGUCUUCAUUUGGGAGAUUUUUUUCAAGCAAUUAUUGAUAUAUGUGAUUGUUUAAUCAGGAUAUAUUUCUGCCACCCUGUGAGUUACAGCCUCUUCAGCUGACCUACCACAGGGAACGUGACCUCAGUGUCUAUCUAUUAGUGACACAGAGAAUUGACCGUUAAUUGACCGUUUCACUUUUACAGUUUCCAGUAAUGUUCUUUACUUUAUUUUAAUGAAAGAACCUCUGUAUCAGUAGUAAUUGUACUCCAAUACUUCGGUAAAUCAUCUGAUGUUCUUUUCUUUCUGAUUAAAGCUUGGCUCAGCAUCCA